CACUGACUUUACUCUCUGCUGGAGCGUCAGAGGUGGAUUUCAACACACAAACUGGCAACCGUGUUCAGUUCUCUUUGUGCUCCUUUAAAAGCUGUUUUCAAAACUACUUGACGGAGUUGCAGAGAUGCGUCGUUUAUUUUCUAUGAUUUUACUGCUGUCCAUCAUUGGGCUGCACGUGAUCAGUCCUUUCACAACAGAUAGUUGGUUGUGGAACAGCGAGAAAAGUAUUGAGAUGGCUGUUGAUAAUGGAGGAGAGUGGGGCUCAUGGGGGCCUGCAGAAAUGUGUCCAUGGGGAUCGUACGCCCGAGGGUUUAAUCUCAAGGUGGAGGAAUCUUCCCCCUUUUCACUUGAUGAGACGUCAGUCAAUGGGAUUCGUCUUUACUGUGUCAGUCCGGACAACGUCUCCAAUGUUGUUGCUGUAGUUGAGUCCAAAGUUUCAAACUGGGGCGAGUGGACACCUGUCGAUUGGUGUAGAUCUGGAUUCCUGAAAGCUUUCAGGUUGAGAGUUGAGUCUCCUCAAGGAAUUGAAGAUGACUCGGCAGCAAACAACAUCAUGUUCAGAUGCAGUGAUGGUUAUGAGCUAAAUGGUGAUGGCACAGACUGGGGGGACUGGGGCUCUUGGAGCAAAACCUGUCAGGGAAAAGGAAUUUGUGGCAUCAAGACUCUGGUUGAAGGGCCACAGGGAAUAUGGGACGACACCGCUCUCAAUGAUGCAGUCAUGUACUGCUGCGAUUAAGGAGGAAGAGGAUGAAAACAAGAACAGCAAGAAGAUCUGAUGGGUUGUAAUAAUGCUUAUGCACACAGACCUGGACAGGAGGUUUAGGGCAUGACAGAAAUGAAUUGAUUAAAACUAACAUUUAAGUUCUUCCAGGAUAACAUCUUGUGUUAUGUGUGCAGAAUUAUUAGGCAAGUGAUUAUUUUGACAAUAUCAUCAUUUUUAUGCAGUCACUAAUUACAGAAAUAGUAUGCAUUAAUUACUACAAGUAAUUCAAAUUAAAUGCUUUUGAUUUGAGCAUAUCAGGUGAUUCAACCUGAGCAAUACAACAUUGUAAUACAGUUAUGUAGGUGAUUAUUAGGCAGCAGCUUUUCCUCUGACAAAAUAAACCCCCCAAAAAAUAACAUUUAUUGACUCAGAAAAAUCCAAAAUUGUAAAUAAUCUUCCAGAGGGAGGCUCUUUAAAAGGCUAAGAUAUUGUUGCGUCACAUACAACCCAGGCUCAUCCUGAAAACGUAGUCCCGUGGACGUUUCUGGAGACUGCGAAAAACAUCCUUAGAGGUAUGUAUUGCAGUUUUUGUUUUGGCGAAUCAGCCAGAAGCCGCUGUGUGCGAUUUUUAGCAUCUCAACUGCCUCUCGUGAUUGCCGUUCGCAACCGUGCUUUUCUCGCGUAAACCUACCUGAGGCCACUGUCGACUGGC